AUUUAAACUAAAGUAUGAAAGUGCUUCAGAAUCGUUAUUUUAUUCAUUAUUAUUAAAAUUGCUAUUUUUAUUAUAAUGUUUGAGCAUGACUAGGCGAGCUAGGAGAUAGACAAAUGCCUAAUGAGCGUCGUACACCUAACGUGCUGCUGAACCUCAAUAAUUAUAGCAAACUUUGAGUGCAUCUUAUAAAUUUGAUCACUUCUAUUUUGGUAUAAUUGAUUACAUCAUGAAAGCGAUCAAUCAAAGAGUCUUUCUUUAAGAUUUUGAUAAGAUGUCCUCUACUGCACAAUUAGUAUGACUAAAUUGUAAUAAGAUAAUAAUGUAUUGAAUUUUGAAUCAAUAGCGCAAAAGAUUGUACUAACUCAAGUAGAGUUUUAGCUACUCAGUACUUCAUAUUCACAUGUAGAUAGCUAUUUCGAAGAGUUCGAAUAUUGAUUGAGUUUGUUGAACUUUACAUAACGAAACUAUGAUAUCAAUCGCACGAUAUUAUGCUUUUUGGAGAAAUUGGGAGAAUAUGUUGGUGACAUCAAACCUAACAUGGAUACCAUUGAAUUUAAGUGAUAAGCAACAUUUAUGUUUAAUAGAUUAGACAUGAAAAAUAUAUUUAGCAUUCCCAUAAGUUGGUAUGAAGAAGUGAAUAAUUUGGAAUUGAAAGCUAGAAACAAAGUUUAUUUAAUAAAUAACUGCAAAUGAUAUUGUGAAAAAGAAAACAAAUGCUUAGAGCAUAGCUAGGCAUGAGAGUGCUACAUUAAACUCUCUAAGAGAAAGCAAGUAACCAUUAAUAGUUAGCUGUGGAUAUUGAAAUAGUUAACUAUAUAUGAUGAAUACUAUAUACUGGUGAUUAAUACUUGGACCUUAACUUGAACAUUGCAUCAUGCUGAUAAAAAUUCUUUCAUUAAUUACAUUAAUGAAAUAAGGGGUUGUAUGGAAGUUUUGAUUUUUUUUUAGAUUGUUAAAAUAAAUACAUUUUUCAUAAUACAAUACAUAUAUUUUUAUUUUUUUUUCACACACAAUCGUGAAUUAUUUGCUUGAUUUGACUAAACUAUCAUUCAAAUUGAAUGAUUAAACAAUUUCGAAUUUUAGCAGAGACUGUCGAGAUAAUUGGUAUCGGUGUUUGUCAUGUUUAUUUUUCUUGAAAUGUAUGGUACCAGUGUUCUUAUGUCGUCAUUGAACACUUCAUUCAACACUUCAAUUCAAUGCGCAAUAUUCCAACCAAUGAUAUUUAUGUUGAGAUUUUAAGAUUAUCCUUCAUUUAUAAGUUAGAAAAAAUUCUAAAUUAAUUAUUAAAAUAUGAAAAUAGAAGUAUCAAACACCACAAAAUACUUACAGGAGACUCAGCGGGUAACUAACCAUGAUAGAAAAGUAUUUUGGUUUUCAUAAUUUUAAUUUCCUAUAUGUUUUGUAUUAAUAAAAUUCAACAAAUGUGUCUAGUCUAAUUGGUUACAAUUCUUGUCUUUGGUGGAGGAGAACAUGGUUCAAAUCCUAGCAUUUAUAUCUUUUUAUAUGAUAUAAAAAAUUGAUUGUGUAGACAAAAAUACCCUUCCUACUUUCAUUCUCAUUGAAGGAAAUUUGAAAUGGAGCAAAUCAAACUCUUUAAAAUGUACUAGCCUAUAGCCCGGCCCGUUGGCCGCAUUUGUUUAAGGAAAUGGAGUUACAAUAUCUAUAAUGAUAGUGUCGAGAAAUGAGUCUUGUUUUAUAUUAUCAUAAGAUUGUUGCAAUUUUGCAAUUCGUUGAAGACGAACAUGUAAUAUGAAUGAACAUUCAUAAUAAGUUAGAAAUACAUUUGAAGAUUAGCUAAUCACAAUAAAAAUACUUACAUGAAAUUUUACUAAUCACAAAUCUAAUUGAUGACUCGGUAUAUGCACAUGUUUUCCCCUUUGUUUCUUGAUUGUUUGAGCUUGAAUUAUUGAGUAUUUGGCCUAUUUUAUGCUAGGUUGGGUUCCUUUGUCCCAUUUCAGGUCCUAGCACAUAAAGUGAAGCAUAGGCGCAAGUUUCAAGUCAAUCAGAGAUCAAUUGACGAUUCGGGAGAAGAAACUCGGGUAUGACCUGAAGAAGAAUGGAUUUAUACCUCACUUUAUGGACAAAGAAUCAUGCAAGCUUGUCAUGAAAAGAAAGAGGAUGAGACGACGAGCGUCUGGGAUCAAACGGCGACUGAUUCGGAGUCCAGACGAGGGAGAAACAAAGCAUUAAACAGAGGCUGAGCAAGGCACACGGGCACAACCCACACGGCCGUGUGACCUGGCCAUGUGGCCGUGUGGAAAUCACCGAGCCUUCACACGGGCAGCUGGGAAAGCCACACGGCCGUGUGGCCUGGCCGUGUGAGUCGGGAAUUGCUGUUUAAAACCCGAUUUUCAGCAAAAGGAAAGGGGGAGAGCUGGGUUUUGGAUCCCAAACACCCAAUGGACGAACCCUAGAGAGAGAGAGCGACUUGGGAACAUUCUUGGAGCUAUUUUGGAGGAUUUCUUCGCCAUUGGAGCUCGGGAAUCAAGCUUGGAGAUGGAGAUUGAAGAUCUAGAUCAGAUUUCUGCAGUCUCUCUUUUCUCUAUGGAGUAACUUCCCUUCACUUAGGUUUUGAGGAACCUUAGUUCCAUGAGUUAGGAUCUUUCUUGUAUGAAGUUUUGGAUGCUAUAUUGUUUGAUUAUAAUCGAAUGAUGCAUGUUUAUUGAGUCAAUUGAAGUCUGAUCAACUUUUCCUGAUUCCUGCUGCAAUCUAAGAUAGAUAGAAUGUGAUUAGGUUGCUAGAGUCUCAUCAUUCGGUAGUAGGAGAUUGGCUAUACGAGAGUUAGCCAGUUUACUGCUUUGUACUGGAAUCCAAUUCCAGUAGUGGAGUUCUGUGCUUAUUGCUUCAGCUUUCUAUCCCGGUGAAGACUAGUCGUCUGCCGGAUAGUUAGACUGAGAGGGCUUGGUCAGCUUAAGAGAUUCCAAGCUACUGUCGGAUCUUCCGCAGUUUAAUCAACAGUAAAUCAACCAAAAGGAAUUACAACUUGGACCUAAUUGAGGAGCUAGGGGGAAUCAUACCUAAGUGAGUUCCCAAACUGUAAUUAGUAGUUUUACUUAGUUUAGUUAGUAGAGUAGUUUAGUUAAUCAAUCCUUAAUCUAGUUUGCUAGAUAAUGAACUGAAGCUGAGUAAUAGUAACUCUAGAGACCCGUGGAUUCGAUAUUUAUUACUUGUGCCACUAUACUGCAGUCCCUUUCAUUGGUUACACUUGGCCAUUGUUAGGUGUUGUGUUUUAGAGCAUCAAGUUUUUGGCGCCGUUGCCGGGGACUUUCUAGAUUAUUAGGAAAGGCAGAAGUUUGUUAAUUUAGCGUUUUUCUUUUCUUUUCCACCCUUGCUUUUCACUUGGGUGUUUUUUGUUUUUGUUGGUGCAGAUCUGAAUCAUGGAUCCGCAUGGCUUCUCCAACCAGUGGGGGUAUCCACCACCAUCCGAGUGGUAUUACCCCGAGACCCCCUGGAGCAAUCAAGGAGGAGAAGACUAUGGAUUCGGGUUCCAGUACCAACCCCCUUUCUACGGAGAACAACCAGACCCCUGGGCAUAUCAAGAACAACCUCAUUACCAAGAAGACUUUCUCCCACAACCAGAAGGGCCAUCGGAGCUGGAGUUACCCAUGGCGGCCUUCACGGGCCACUCUGCAGAGCCAUGCUACACUUCACUGGAAGAUCCGAACAAACAAUUAAGGCUUCUCGUGGAGCAGUUUGCUCGAGACACUGAGAGAUCAUGCUCCAAGAUGGAUCUUCAAAUCAAAGCCCUUGCUGCUUCCGAUCCCUCAUUUCUCCAUGAUAUGGAGGAGACUGUUCAGCGCUCAGCGAAGCAAACAGAGUGGGUGGAGCAAGUUUGCUCACAUCUUGCUCAAGAUCACCUUUCUGCUACCACGCUAGAAGAGGUGGAGGAUGACAAAGGCUAUGGGGAUGUUGAGGAGCAUACAGAAGUUAUCACAGAGAACUCCCAUGAUAAUCAUGAUCAGGAAAGUCCUCUGGUUGCAGAUCACACAAUUCCUUAUUUCUGCUCUAACAUGUCGGGCGCGAGCGAGGAGAUGCAAGAUGAUCUCAUUGAAGAAAUUACAUGGCGACUUGCUCUCCAAUCUGUGCUAGAAGAAGAAGAGCAAGAAAGGGUGCAGAGAGAAGUUGUGGAGGAUGACGAAAGUGAAGCAGGAGGAGUUGUUGAUCAUUUCCCAGGGGUGGUACCACAUGAAGAAGAAAGGGGGGUUGAAAAAGCAAUUGGCGUCCAGGCUGAGAACGGAGUUAAGGUGGAAGAGGCCUGCACCGGCCGUGAGUUGCAAGUGAUAUCCCCACCAAACUUUGAGGAACUGCUUAGCAAGGACCCAUUUGCAGUGUCUCUUUGCCAGACCAAGGCCACAUCAACAUCGGUCCCUCUUGGUGGACGCGAUGGUGGCCAAUCGAUGCUGUCGUAUCUGGUUUGGGGCAAUGAGACGAGAGAAGAGAAUAAGAGGUCUCGAGGAUGGAGACUUCAUCUGCAUCAAGUACAUGAGCCUUCAUCACCUGCCACACCACAUGCUCGUGACUUGAGACUCCACCUCAUCGACGAGAACCUCAACUUCAAGGAGGUUCUAGCAUGGACCGAAACUUAGGAGCCAUCGUCCGGCUCACGACGUGAAAGAAGCGCUUGUUGGGAGGCAACCCAACCAUUCGGUUUGCAUUUCUUUCUCUAUUUCUCCUCGGUUGAGUCAGUUUUGUUAUUUGAUUUUAGAGUCAAUAACUCAACCUUUGUGAGAUUUUGUGUGGUGUUUGUGGUCUGACCACUCUCUCCUCCUGGAAUACACCGCCUGCCCCGUCCACCAUCAUUCACCCUGGAUCUGGUAACUUCGUUCUACCCACCUUAUCUUUCCUCCAUUGAGGACAAUGUCGUGCUUAAGUGUGGGGGGGUGUUCGAUUAUGUAUGCGGGUGAAUGUUUGGCUGUUUGUGUGCUUGGAGCCUAGUCCACUGUCCAAAUUUUUAAAUUUGAGGGCUCCAAGUACGUGUUUCCUUGCAAAUUGCCUGCUCAGUAUGCUUUGAAUUGACAGUCUCUAUAUUAAUGUGCAACCUAGGGAGGUAGUGUAGCACUAUGGAGGAUCUUGAAGUAUAAGAUUUUUCCUAUCUAGCUCUCUGCUGUGCUAGUUGAUUUUGUGAAUUAGUGGAGCUAAGACCGUUGAAUUCAUGUGGUAAUGCUGACUAUGUUUGGAUUGUGUUAUGGACUUGUGUAUCGAACAGGGUGCUCAUGUGAAAAAUGAAAAGCAGUUGGUCCUCCAUGUCAAAAUCAUAAAAUCUUAAACAUGGGGUAAGCCCAACGUGUGCGGCACCGUUCAUUGCACCAAAUCGGGUUUUGGAAGAGAUUUUAGUGAUCCUUAGUGGGGUACUCCUACAAGGUGAAGCUAAGCUGUCUCUAGUACAAGUUAAACUUCCACCCGUUGAACGGUUUGCCUACUUGAGGAUGUGUUUUUAAGGGCACGGAUAGAGCUUCCGACCCCCCUUAAUUUCAUUGACCCUCCACACGAGUUGAGGAAAAGGAGUUAAAAGAAGUACUCUGGCGAGCGCCAGGUGUACAAAAAUUGCUCUUGCUCGACUAAUAAGGGUCGACCGUGCAAAAGACUGCAGUUGGAACCCCCUCCAAGUGAAUAAAAAGGGGGGGGGGAAAGUAAGUAAAAUGAAAGUGAAAAAGGGGUUCCAACGGUGAAAUGAAGUGAAAGAGAACCCCGGCACAACGAGUCCUUGGUUGUGAAUGGUGUGAGUCCUUUUAUCCAUGAACUGACUGUCUUACUUCUACUUCUUCUCAUGAUCCUGGCUUGAGUCUAGUACUCGCAUUGAGAGAGAUAGGGAACGUCUUAGAAGACCAGUUGACCUCGUAAGCUGCUAUAUGAUCUAGGAAAUCCUAUACCGACGAUCGGGGUUGUAUGUUGCUAUAGAGCUCUGGAGAGCUGCAUUGGUUUGAGUUAGGUUUGCUUGGGGACAAGCAAACAGUUAAGUGUGGGGGGAUUUGAUGACUCGGUAUAUGCACAUGUUUUCCCCUUUGUUUCUUGAUUGUUUGAGCUUGAAUUAUUGAGUAUUUGGCCUAUUUUAUGCUAGGUUGUGUUCCUUUGUCCCAUUUCACGUCCUAGCACAUAAAGUGAAGCAUAGGCGCAAGUUUCAAGUCAAUCAGAGAUCAAUUGACGAUUCGGGAGAAGAAACUCGUGUAUGACCU